GUUGUUUUAUUGAAGUUUUUAUUUUACUUAUUUUGAAUUAUCCGCAUAUGUUCGCAUAUUGAGAUUUAGUUAUUUAAAAAGAGAAAUAUUUUUUCUUUCGAUUAAGGCCAUUUAGAUGACCGUGCACAUUGUUGCAUUUUCACGGCGCGAAGUUCUUUCUUGCCUGUUCCGAAAGCAUUUGUUACCUAGCUAGGCCUAGGACAGGGGCCUAGGUUUGUUUACAGGUUAGAUUAGAUCAAUUACGGCCUAUAGGCCUAGGCCGUGUAGUAUGUAGAUCGUUAAUAAUAAUCUGUACAUUAAUAAUUAGGCAUUAAAAUAUGAUCGAGGUUUGUGUGUUUCUUUCCAUUCAGUGCUUUUUUUGUAUUGAUUGUCCUUUUCUAGCCACCUAGGCUAGGCCUAACAGUAACACAAUAUGCCUAGCUAGGUCUAGGCUAGGCCUAGUAAGUAUUAGUAGUACUAGGCCUAGUUCCUUCUCCUUCCUAGUCUUAGGGCCUUGGGUGCCUGGCUAGCUAGUCUUAUGUGUACUGGACGGCUUGUCACAUUUUGUAUUACUUGGUAUAGGCCUAUGCUUAAAAACUAAUACCAUAAUUUUGUUUACCCUCUGUAGCGUAGGAAUAUGAGCAGCCACUCGCAGUGCCUGCUGGAAAAAUGCAGGCUUUGUGGAUUUAAUAACCCAUCGUCAUGGAAGGACAGAAAACCGCUAAAGAAGGAGAAAAUGGCAAAAGUGAUUAACGAAGCUUUAGGAAUUGAUAUAGAAGCCGACUUAGAAGGUGUGCAUCAGCAUUACAUAUGUGUAUGUUGCUCUAUGAAGCUGAAUAGAUGGAAGACGAAGACGAAGAAAAUGAAGAAAACUGACAAAAAGAAUGUCAAGACAAACAUAUCCAUUGCCAGUUUUGAUGGAGGCAUUUGUUCUUCAUGUGGGAAUGAAGUUGUCUACAAACCAAUUCAAAAGAAGACCCUGGCAGCUUUUGAAGACGAGGCACGCAAAGCUGGACUUCUAACAUGGUGUGCUGGUGAACGGCUCCAGAUUAUUAAGUUGACAGAUACAGGUGAAGUCCUCAUACAUCUUGCUGUAUCAAGUGAUUUUAGUUGGAAGUUGACUGUUGGAGGAAUUGAUUCGUCUCACAUGCUACAUCAAUUUGAGGUUACGGAUAUCAAACAAGUUAAAGAAGUGUUUGGAAGAAACAUCUGUAAAGGCAAUGAUGAUUUUGAAGACAUCAUAGAACGUAAAAGAGGACCAGAUGGUCAGGUGCCUAUUAGGGUAUCAAAAAAUGAUACUUAUUCGCCCAUUUCCAAGACAAUCCGACAUAACGAAUGUUUUCUGUUUGUGCCAGAAGGAAGCCAACGAUGCGACAUGUGCAAAAUCAUUAGGCCAAAUUUAUGUGCUAUUAGAGCGAAUCAGAGCAAAGCUACACCUACAGUACCAGCUUCAUCCACAAUCCCAAAUCGGUAUUUAAGUCAUUCGCAACUAUUAAAUAAGUCAUCUGCUCAACAAGCUGACAGAGUCCAUUUGAAAAGAAAAAUAGAGAGUCUUCAAGAUAAAAUAACUGAAAUGCAUAACAAGGAAAGUGAGGUUUUGAAUCAUGAACAAUCAAGAAGCAUGGAGGAAACUGUAGCGGCUAAUGCAGAUGAAUUUAACAACGCACUUCCCCCAGGCUCUGCAGCAAGACUUUUAUUUGACCAACAGCUUGAGUCGCUUAAGAAAAAUAAACAAAUGAGAUGGCACCCCACGAUUAUCAGAUGGUGUAUAGCAUUACAAACAAGAUCAGCUUCUAAUUAUGAUUUUUUAAGAUCCACUGGAUUUUUAAAAUUACCGCACCCGAGCACUCUUCACAAAUAUUCCCAUUUUGCGGAUCCAAAUGCUGGUUUUUCUGCCGACAUGCUGGAGAGAAUUGUGCGUGAUGUAGGCCUAGACAAGGAUGGAGCGGAGCUCAAAAGAGAUGUGUGUCUUCUCUUCGACGAAAUGAAGAUUAAGUCAGGUCUCUACUAUUCAGUCCGGACAGGAAAAAUUGUGGGAUUCACAGAUGUGGGAAGUCUUGCUAAUGAAGUCAAUCGGUUUGAAAGGCGGUGUAGAGGCGAGCAAGAACCAACUCUCGCAUCUCACGUAUUAGUAAUCAUGCUGCGAGGUAUAUUCUGUGACCUACAUUCCCCUGUUGGCUACUAUGCUACUGCAACAGCUACUAGUGACCAGCUAUUCACCAUGAUCUGGGAAGCGAUCGAGUUUGUGGAGAUUGCAGGCUUCCAAGUUAGGGCCUUGGUUUCGGAUGGGGCAUCACCGAACAGGAAGUUCUAUCGCAUCCAUUCUGACCCUGCGACUAAAACCACCACAUAUUCUACACUUCACCAUCUGGACCCAUCAAGAACAUUGUAUUUUAUUUGUGACGUUCCACAUUUAAUAAAGACAGCAAGGAAUAACUUUGAAAACUCAGGCUACCACAACAACACUCGCCAUUUACAUUACGACAAGAAAGAUAUAAAAUGGACGCAGGUGCUAGAACUGUAUGAAUGGGACAUUGGCCUUGAACGUACUUCACCAGGAUUGCGGCGUCUCCAUAAAAUCACCUACGAACAUCUUCAUCUGACACCCUCUUUGAGAAUGAGAGUUUACAUGGCCGCACAGUUUUUGAGUAGUACUGUUGCUAACGCUCUGGAAGCAUAUGGUAAAGAAUCCACAGAAUCAACAGUCAAAUUCAUACGAAUGUUUGACAGGUUUUUUGACUGUCUGAAUGUUUCGAACUGCUUCAAGGGAAUACGUAACAGAAAAGAGGAAUUGAAAGAGUACAGAAGUUCAGAUGACUGGCGAUUUGCGUGGCUUAAAGAAGAGUUUUUAGGUUUCUUGGAUUCGUGGGAGUCUCAAGUGAACAACAUGGAGAAUGUGCCGAAUGCUACCAAGAAAAAAAAUGCUGCUUAGCCAAGAGACACUGGAAGGACUGAGAAUAACAGGUUAGCAGAAAAUGGUUAAAAGACAAAUUGCUCAUUGUGUUCAGGGUCGUGGGUCAUUGGUCUGUAUUUGGACCUAAUUACUAUUGAUU